GAGACUUGGGCUAGAGCCAGGGUUCUGGGACGCCCUGAGUGGGGAUGGUCCCAGAGCUCAGGCUCCAAUAUGAGGCCAAAUGUCUACACUGCAGUUAAACAGUACCUUAGCCCAGGCCCCAUGAGCCAGAGUCGCUGUGUGUGUUUAAUUGCAGGUUAGACAUACCUUAAGAAAGGUAGGUUCAGUUCCCAGAUCUGCCAUUGACUUCAUCUAUAACGUUGGGCAAGUCACUUAGCUGAGUGUACCGUGAAAUAUCAGGACUAAUUGUGUCCUGACCAAAGAUUUUAUCGGGACCUCUGGUCACCCUAGUCUCUGGGAGCUAUAUAAGAUAGACAGCUCUUUCAGGAAAGGUGUCACAUCUAGACAGGGCCUGCUGUGUAACCUCAUCCACACAGCGCAGAAUUGAGCUCCACAAAACAUUUGUUAGUGCUUUGUCCAGUCUAAUUCUCUACUAGCCACAUACAUGCCUUGUGACUGAGAUUAGGAACAAGGUCGUAGCAAAACAGGGAGUUCUGCAUGCUUCUUAUAUCAGGAGGUACCUGAUUUUUUCCCAACAUAGACCAAGAAUAUCCAUGUUUGACAUUCAUUCCUGUAUUCGGUUUCUUAAGCUAAACGCAGGGGAACUCCUUUUAUAUCAAGCCAUCACAAGCCAAGAAUGUCAGCGCUUUAGCGUGUAGGUGGCGCUCUCGCCACAUGUACAUCUUGAGGUUUCACGUUUUCUUGAAACACACAACUGCAUGCUUUUUGCCAGCUGAUUGUUGUAAAACUUUUCCAGGGAAUUGGCUGGACAAAGAACCUGCUCAUGAAUAACCUUUGCAAGUGCAGCUUCAGUUCUACGUGUGCGUUUACAAAAUAAACGAAUAGUCUAACGUUGCCAAAGUCACAAGCUACCACACAGAUAACUCGUCUUUCAAAGUUAGGAGUAUCCUCCCUUAAACUUUUACCCUGUGUUCGUCUACAGACCCCUUCCGCUACCCGAACUUACAAAAAUGCCAUUUACCAAUCGUUCGAAGCACUUUAUUUAAGCCUCUGUUUAUCAUCACUAGCCUACAGUGCGACACCUUGUAAACUCCAAGUCGAGCAUUUAAGAGGAAAAACUUCACGAGGAGUUAGGUGAAGAAGAGCUAUUAAUGCUCAUCAUGCCAUUCCAGAACAGAACUGCUUCUUCGACCUCCAGUUAUGUAGUAACAAGGGAAAAUUUCCUGGAAUUAGGCCAUUGCAGGAACUCUGGUUUGAGUCACAGCUGACAUCCGAGAAACAAAUUUCCAGGCAUUUUUUAGUUUAAUUCACUUAAUUGUUAUGUAACCGAAUUAGAGAAUGCGAUUAAGGCUCGCAGAAUAUUCACCGUCGAGCCUGUCUAACCUUACGAAUACAUGAAACACAGAAGCACGGAAAAAACUUAUUAUAAGUCAGAGGAAAUGGUGAAAUCGUCUGCACUGGUUUUGUACAUCGGGUAUCUUCGGUUAGGAGGACUAGGUGUACAUCACAUAGGCAAGAAAGCUAAAGCAGAACUGGAUAAUGACCCUUCACUGGAAUGAUUACUUGACGGGGCUCUUUUGGUGUAUGAGUUUUAGAUACAAAAAGUAAAUUCGGCAAACAAAAGAGGAACGUGCGAAAACUUCCUAGGCUGUAGAAAUCAGACUAGCGCUAGGCAGGAUACCGUGUCUAACUACCACGUGCCUUCCAAUCUGCUUCCCCGCAAAACAACUUCUCAGGCAAAAAUUGGGGGCUGUAUUAAAACUAAAGGACUCGCCACAUGCCGUGGUACUGAUUCCACCUCUGGUGCUCGGGGCAUGAUUCAAAUUCGGAACAAGAGUGGGCUCUCCUUGCAAGCGCAGGUCCCCCUGCCGUUCAACUGCCCAAUGUCAGGGCUUCACCUAUUCUCUAUUCUGGAAGCCCAGUGUCUUCCAGUCUUUGGUUUAGUUCCCAAGCACCUACUACUGCUUUAUUUCCCCCGAAUAAUCUGAGUGAGCAAAUACGCUUUAAACGAGAAAACAAAGAAUAGUAACUUAAUUCAUAAAAAUCAUAUCUGUCGGCAAAUAGAGAGUUAAAAAACGACACCCCUUCUAAUCCAACUAUACUGCCCCAAAUCUCUGCUUUAAAGGUUACACGGGAAAGCUCUCUCGCGGUAUAAAGCUUUCUAACUGUGUCAAGUAUGGUGAUAUUUCAUCGCUGUUCCCCGAGGACGGCAGCUAACACUCUUACUGAGCAGCUAUCUGCAGAGAGCGGGAGCUCUCGGAAAGCGGAGCUUGGCAGAAUCCUUAUACUUCAUAAGUAAACCGUGACUAGAGAAUUGUAACACACACCCAAAAAACAAAGAUUUUUCUAUAUCUAUAUCUAUAUCAAAGAGUGGAAGCAGCCCCCCCGAAUGCUGUGUGCUGUGAUAGCGAAAAAGAGCUUUAACAAACUUCUCCUUCGACACAACCUCAGCGGGACACUUAACAGUUUACAAGACACCAAAACUUUCCUGGGAGUGGAUGUGAGGCUGCUAAGGUCGUUGCGACUGUUCUAGACAGAAGCUCUGCUCAGAACUCAUGCUUGGCCAUACGUUCAGCUGCUGCCCACAUGUUUUCUCUCCCCCCCCCAUCCCUCGUUGUCUUUAAUGUACAGAAGGAGAACCAGGCUGCUAACAGUUCCCGGUUAAUCAUACACAGGCUAAACAUACAACGGGGCUCCCUGUUGCAGCACACUGAGUGGCAGGACCUGCCCAACUAUCAUCUGUUGUUUUAAGCUGAAUUAUGUUGUCAGCCAAGUCUUACUCACUGGAUAAGCCAUUCAUUAAUAUAAAUCAAUAAAAAAUAGGGUACGCAGGCUGCUCAUGAAUUAAAUAUGAACUUCUUCCCCGGCUCAGAGCAUCCUGAACAAAGCGAUCACGGACUUCCAUUCAUCCCCUUGGGAAUAGUGACGUCUCCCAAGUAACGUGAUUGCUUUUUCUGAAGCAGAAACGUGGUCCUAUGUAUAAACCCUAUAAAACGAGGCGGUUUGGAGGGCUGGGCAGAGUGCUACUGAAGGGGAGAGACGGCAUCAGCCUAAGGAGGAGGGCUGGGGAACACCACCGAAACAGCAGCCCCGGCCACACGGACCCAGCCCCUACACAUUCCCCUUCAGUACCCGGGACAGAGUGCGGAUCGAGCAGCCGAGGAAUUCAGCACCUAGGAGAACUCCCAGCGCCGGGCGGACUUCCCAGGAGAAAGGACCCUCUCCCUGCCUCGUCCAGCAUGAUGGAACAUAGAAGCAGCUCCCAGCUUCUUCUGUCCUUCACACUCUUCAGUGUUCUCUGCUCGCCAGCACUGGCAUUACCUCCUUUGGGGACAUAUUCAGCUAUGAGGUUGGGAAACAGAAUGCCAUUUGAUGGAGCAAGUGAACCUGAUCAAGCCCAAGGUUCAUUAAAACCUGAAACUGACAUUUUGCAAAAUGCACUGCCAGAAAAUGACAAAUUCUAUCUUGACAUGUCCAGAGCUAUGGAUAGGAAUGCAAGACAUGCUGAUGGACUUUUCACCAGUGGCUACAGCAAACUUUUGGGUCAACUUUCUGCAAGGAGAUAUCUGGAAUCACUUAUUGGAAAACGGGUUAGCAACAACCUCAUGGACGAACAGAUGCCCGUCAAACGUCACUCUGAUGCCGUCUUCACUGACAACUACAGCCGAUUUCGAAAGCAAAUGGCCGUGAAGAAAUAUUUAAACUCAGUUUUAACUGGAAAAAGAAGCCAAGAAGAGCUAAACCCUGCCAGCCUUCGAGAUGAAGCAGAAUUGCUUGAACCCUCCUUUUCCGAAACCUAUGAUGAUGUUACAGUAGAUGAGCUGCUGAACCGCCUCCCAUUGAGUCUCUGAAGGAGAGCUGGGAAAAUCUAUGACAAGAACAAAACUAUUUUUUGAGUUCCACAUAGUAUUUCAAAGAAAUGACUUCAGUAUUCAAACCAAAACAAAUAUGUUGUGAAGUGACAGUUGUGAUAUAUUUGUUUCUGAUAUAAUAAAAGUUGAUGUUUACACUGUAAAUAUUACUUUAGCGAUCUCUACCUAAAGCUGUACAUAUGUAUGCUAGUCUAACUCAUGAAAACCCUGUGAUUUCAUAUGAUGUAAAUCCUUUACUUCAAUAAAUGCAUUUGAAAAAGAGGAAUGCACACCAGAAGACAGCACCAAAUUACUGAUUAACUGGCUUAUUUUAACUAUGGUAACACUUCAGGUAAAAUUGCAUGAUGCAAUGGAUACAUUUGCAGACAACUUAAUAAAUAAAUACAAAAGACCAUAGAAAGGAACUGUAUUCAGUAUGUUCAAACUGUGUCGGGGGUAGGAUCUGUACAAAAAUAUAUGCUUUUCUAACAAUUCACCAACUUAAAUAAAUAAAAAGGCAUUUAAAAUUAUUGGAUCUUUCAUAGAGCCUUAUUUUUGUCCUCCUCCAUUUUGAAUGUUUUCAUUAAGUUAAAGCCAGUAAUAUUGCCUUUAUUUUUAAUGGUGAACACUUUUGAAUCCGAAGUUGCCAAAGCACACAGAAGGAGAAGGGGAAAAAAGCUACCCCUUAAUGUUUGAUGUGCUAAAGUCAUAGCAGUAAGUUUAUUCUACAUUUGGUUGUGUAUAACUUUGCUGAUGAGCGCAUUCCUUAUAUAUAAAGUAGAUCUGAAGACACUUUACUAUUUUUUCAAAAUGAAUGUAACUUACGAAAUA